CCUUGAGAAUCGACGUCCAUCCUCCACACAAACCUAUACAUAACAGACAAGGACAUGGCGGCUCCAGCCCUUCUCUGCUCGCUCCCUACUUCUCUCCCCUUCUCCAUCCCACUUGGACCCCUCCGCAAUGUCAACCACUGCCGACACGAGCGAGGAAGCGCUUGGUCGCAUACUCAGCAACUUAUCCCCCGAGGAGCGUUGGUGGGUUGAACACCAGCCCUGGCUCGAGAGCAGCGGGUAUCUGCUCCGACCACGGUUCCAGCCCGGAUGGGAGCCAUCAUGGCACGAUCCCAAGGUCGAUUUACUCGAUGCCGAAGACCAGUACCCUGCCUUGCACCCAGAUGUUCUAGAUGCGACCCGCCUGUCGGACGGUGUGUCGGUCAUGUUGAAACGAGUCGAUAUGCUACAACACCCCACCGAAGUCGAGAUCACCACCCUCCUCUCAUCCCCGCCUCUAUCCUCCGACCCGCGCAAUCACUGCAUCCCCUUGUUCGAAGUUCUGGAAGUCCCCGACAACGCGCACAUGCGCAUUAUGGUGCUCCCAUUACUGCGUCGCUGCGCUGAUCCCCGUUUUGACACCGUUGGCGAAGUCGUCGAUUGCUUGCAGCAAGUCCUCGAGUGUAUGCAGUUUCUGCAUGAGAGCAAGAUCACGCAUAGGGACUUCCACCUUCAGAACGUCAUGAUGAAUGCCAACCCCUUAUACACCGUCCCUUUUCACCCGGUCAGCAAGAACAGACGCCGCGACUGGAAGGGCUUCGUGCGCCCUUCUUAUACGCGCACGGAGCGGCCAGUUCAGUACCAUAUCAUCGAUUUCGGACUGUCCAUCAAGUACGACUCUGUUGACCCGCCGCCUAUGGAGAUACCCAUCCUCGGAGGCGAGAAGAGCCUUCCCGAGUUCGUCGGCGAUGACCCCGUCGUCCCUUUCAGCGGCCUCCUGAAGCCUUACAAUCCGUUCCCCGCCGAUGUUUACUGCGUCGGAAACUGGAUACGGGGCGAGUUUCUAGUGGGAAAUGUGCGCUCUAGACUUCUCGGUCUUGACUUUCUGUGGCCACUGGUCAACGAGAUGACUCAGAAGGACCCGCAAAAGCGGCCGACUAUGGAUCAAGUCAUGCACCGCUACAAGGACAUAGUGAGCUCCCUAUCCGCUUGGAAGCUCCGUUCUCGCGUUGCGAAGGCGCGAGACAAUUCGCUGCAUAGUCUUCACCUUUCGGUGACGCAUUGGGCUCGUCGACUGCGAUUUGUGGCCGCGAAGCGGCCAGCGAUCCCUUCGACUUCGUCCUCCGCGGACCUGACUGACGUUGUCAUUCGUGGUGCCGCUUUCGGCUCAAUCACUCCCACUUCGCUUUGCUCCCACCUCGCGACGGACCUCCUCACUAGCUCGCACACCAGGACACCGGAUAGAACUUCUCGGCGGCACGCUAUUCAACCCAGAGGCUUCCAUGACGGACCAACCGUCUUCAGGCUCGCGAUUACAACAAGCAAGAUGGUUCAUGCUCACGGUCGUGGCCUCCGAGGGCAGGUGGUCGCUGCUUCAAGCCCUAGGUCCCGGCAGACCGCAUCUUUGAUUUCGGAGCUCCUCUCACUAGAAGUCCCUGGCGCGUCCAAUCUCACGGCAGGCGCGAUGGACCCGAACUCCAAACGCGACGCUAUCCAGUUACCGUUCAAGCGACCGAAGCAGAACUUCAGCCAGAUCUGGGAGGGCGAAAAGUGGUGGGUCGAACACCAACCAUGGUUGGAACAGUGCGGCUACAUGCUCCGCCCGCGAUACCGUCCUGGCUGGAAGCCUUCUUGGUACACAUCCAAGAAGAACAUGCGUGAUGCGGAGGAUCAUGAACCAUCGUCGUAUCCUUUCAUGCUUGAUGCGACUCGCAUGUCUGAUGGAACCUUCGUCAUGCUCAAGCGAGUGGAUGAGCGGCGACACCCUGCCGAAGUUGAGAUCUCCGCUGCACUCAGCUCUCCACCCUUCUCUACCGAUCCGCGCAAUCACUGCGUUCCCGUUCUUGAGGUGCUUCAGGAUCCAGACGACAGCUUCUACAAGCUCCUUGUCCUUCCGCUCCUGCGGAAGUACGCUGAUCCUCGUUUCGAUACGGUUGGAGAGGCCGUUGAGUGCUUUCGCCAGAUAAUCUAUGGCCUGCUAUUUCUGCACGAAAACAAAAUCGCCCAUCGCGAUAUGCAUUCCCUCAACGUGAUGAUGGACGCAUCUCCGCUGUACACCAUCCCUUUCCACCCGGUGAUGCAAGAUAUGCGGCGCGAUUACAAGGGCGACUCAUGCCCGUCCUACACUCGUACCGAGAGGCCCGUGAGGUAUAUCAUCAUCGACUUCGGCCUUUCCGCUCGCUACGAGACGGUCGAUCCGCCCCCUUUGGAGAUGCCGGUCCUCGGCGGAGACAAGACGGUCCCCGAGUUCGUCGGGAACGACCCUUCUCACCCAUACGACGGUCUCGACAGGCUGCAUGAUCCCUUUCCAACCGACGUGUAUUGCCUCGGUAAUUUCAUCCGCCAGGAAUUCCUGGAGGGCGUCAAGUUCCAGCUCUCGGAUGAGAUCAUCCAGUCGCGACGACUGGGCCUUGAGUUUAUGCGGCCACUGGUCAACAAGAUGACUCGGGCUGACCCUGCAAAGAGACCCGCCAUGGAUGAAGUUGCCAAGGACUUCGAGGCCAUUGUCUCGUCGCUGUCGACUUGUAUGUUGCGCUCACGCGUGGCCAAGGAGCAAGACCACCCACUGCAUAGUUUGUAUCUUUCCGGAAAGCACUGGGUGAUUCGUGGCGUGGCAAAAUCUUUCCUGGUCGAGUACUGGCUUGAGAUGCUUAUGCCGGGCCUCAAACCCACGCAGUAG